AUGACCCACGCCAGAAUGCCAGCGCACGAAACGCAUAUCCAAACUUACUCUUUCGUUCACGGGCAUAUGACAGCCGAUCGAGGCGAUGUCGUUGAGCUCCUCGUUAGCACCCAGACCCAACAAUCCUCGAGACAUGCCAUCCUCGAGGAGAAGCCCUUCCGUUGCCGGAUCAUACCGUCGGAGCUGUCAAAAUUCUGUUGA